AUGGGGAUGUCUGUUACCAUGAUUAACGCCAUACCGUUACUCAGGUCCAUGCAUGCCAACUGCGUGUGCCCUGUGUGCUUCGAAGUUUUCAAGAAACCGGUGUGCUUUCCCUGUGGCCACAUCCUAUGCCGCGCCUGCGCUACUCGCUGCAUCGCAGCACGUCCUCGGUGUCCGCUGUGCAAUCAAGCGGUGCCUAACAUGCGCCACUGUGCCCCUCUGCCUCAGCUGUCUCUCCUUUGCGUUCUGACGCGUGAGGUGGGGCUACGCGCCAGCGGGCUUCAGCUGCGAUCAUCCGUGCAGAACGCGGCAACGCCGUUGUCUCACAGGAAUCACGACUCAUCUAUGAAGCGGCAUCGAGGCGCCACCGCAGACGACGCGGUGGAAGAAACGCAAGGGGAACAUCAGGCACCGCGGCCGCGACGGUCGUCACUGUCACCUCCGCCGGAACAGCGCCCCUUCUUGUCAUUGCGUGAGCCUCGGGCAUCACAUCGUGUCGCGAACGCAGUCGCUGCCACCGAGGGUAGCACCGCCAACCAUGCUCAGCACACGAGUCUGCCAGAGCUUCUGCGUGCCGCAGCCGGCGAGACGCAGCGACUGCAAAGUGAGUCGCCUCCCCCACCACUGUUGAUGGUGGGGGAGGGUGAUGAUGUGCUCUUGGGCGAAGCGCCGCACCGCUCGAUCAUUGCUCAGGUCACCACAUCUUUGCCGUCUGCCAUCGCGCAUCGUGUCGGGGAUAGCGGCGCACUUGGACGAGGUCAGGAUCAACCGCCAACACCCACACCACCUCCGGCACUGUCGCCCUCGCCAGCGCCCUUCUCCACUCCCCUUCAGCUAAUGUGCAACCACAUCACGGAUCACGCUGAUCAGCUCGAUUCGACGCCGCUGCUGAGUCCGCUACCCUUCACCGCAUUUGCGGUGGUAGAGGCGGCGAGCGUUACCGCUGCGGCAAGUGUCACACAUCGCAGUGCUCAGGCAUCUUCAAGAGUACUCGCCACGGAACAUGCAUCGAAUGCCAAGAAAGCAUCCUCGUGGAGCCUGUGGAGACGCGGCCGGGGAGUGAUACACUGCACGCUUACUCCCCCUGCAGCGCGGCUUCUGGCACGACAAUCGGUAGUAGCUGAUGGGGCAGGUCGAGGAAAGACGGAGGCGGCGUCGAAAACGGCCUCAUCGUCGUCUGCCGCCUCCGCUGACACGGCCGCGUCACUCUGGCACCGCUUUGGCUGCUGCGCCCUCUGCGGCCUUGACGUGGUGCAACGCGCGGCGGUGCGACAGCGUCUGCAACACCUCCUGCGAUCCCCGACGGCGCACUGCGAUCCAGCGGAGUUGGCUAUGCAGACCGAGGAGAGCCUCUCGCUGCUGCUGGGGCCGUUGUGGGGUGUGUGCUGCGAGGUGCAGGAGCAUAGCACCAACAUUGCUCAAUCACAGGUGUCGACGUGCGAAGGCGAGUACACGACAACCGAACUCGAUGCGGUGCAGGGGAGCUACUGUUGUCCUUGUCGUGGCGAGGUGACAGCGCACCACGUUACAGGCGUGGCUCACCACAAUUGUCUGGCGUGGGCUGGACUUCUAGACUUCUUCACCAACACUUCUCUCGAGGACCUUCCCGCCGCCGCUGCUGCUGGGGUGUACUUCGUCCCCAGCAUGACCGCAUCGCUGCACAUGACGGUGCCGCUGCAGGAUCCAUUAGGGGUUCUCGCGGCGCGCACAUCAGGCCGCGUGGCUCGCUGGCAGCUGCUGGCGGCGACUUUGUGUCACAUGCAUCAACGGGACGCGGAUGAAGAGAGUGAGCUGGGGAAACGCGUUCAGACCUCUGGUGAAAGCGGUGCAGAGGGACCGCUGAUGACACCGCGUUGUGCGCUGUGCGAAGACGGUGCACCGCUGCUAGCCUCCAACUCCCCUUCUUUUCCUUUUGGGGCGGGUCUGCGCGUGUGCGAGGGCACGGAGCGUGGCGAAAGCAGCUGCGGUCAGCAGUACCACUACCCCUGCGCCCUGCUCGCCGGUGCCUCAGCCUGUAUCAUAUUCGGCUUGGAAGAUGAGUGCAAUGUGCUGGACGCCAGCGCGAGCACACCCGUUCGCGAUCGCAGCGCUGGAGGGAAGCGCCGUGGCGUCGAACGUCCAGUGGAGGUUUGGUGCGGGGUCUGCCACGAGCGGCACGAGGUCUGCCGUCGGCGUGUGUGA